UCCAAUUUUACACUCAAAACCUACAAUAAAGACUAUUUAACAAACCCUCCCCCCUCUCUUGUCUAUGGUUUUUAACAAUUAGAGAGUCUUCCAAAAAGGGCAUUACAAUGAAGCCCUUUUCACCAUUGUUGUUCUUUUUUCUCUUGUUUUUGGCAGGAGAAACAUGUUCAUGUUCUCUCCAACAGCAACAAUUUUAUGAAUUCCAAAAAAAGAUUCAACAGAAAACAACCACUGUUCUAGCUGCAAAGCCACAGCCAUCUCCUGUGGCUCCAAAUAUAAAAAAGAGUAGGGAGAGAGUAUUCUAUCCAAUUGUGUAUGGGGCAGACCCAACAGGGGCGCAAGAUAGCAGUGAUGCAAUACAGAGUGUAUUGGAGGAUGCUUUACAAGUGCAAAAUCGGAUUGAAUUGUUGCCUGGAAUCAAAGAUUUGGGUGGUGUCAUUGAUUUGCAAGGUGGCAAUUACUUGAUCUCUAAACCCAUAAGGUUCCCUUCUGGUAUUGGCAAUUUCCUGGUACAAGGAGGUAGUUUUAGAGCAUCAGACACAUUUCCUAGUGAUAGACAUCUUAUUGAGUUAUGGGCACCAAAUUCUCAGCCACUGACGAACUCUGAAGGUUACUUCGAUCAAAAAAGCCCGAUCUCCUAUGAGGACAUCACCUUCCGCGACAUCCUCUUCGACUCAAGCUAUCGUGGUGGAGGAAUUUUUGUGAUUGAUUCAGCUAGGAUCCGCAUACAUGAUUGCUUCUUCAUCCACUUCACCUCCGAAGGAAUACUAGUGCAGAAAGGACACGAGACCUUCAUCUCAACCAGCUUCCUCGGACAACGCUCAACAGUCGGUGGUGAUAAAGGGGAGAGAGAUUUCUCGGGCACUGCCAUUGAUCUUGCUAGCAAUGACAAUGCAGUAACAGACGUUGUCAUUUUCUCAGCGGCCACGGGAAUCAUCUUAAGGGGUCAGGCUAACUUGCUCACAGGGGUACAUUGUUACAAUAAGGCAACAGUUUUUGGUGGUGUCGGGAUUCUAGUUAAAUCUGCACAAAAUAGAAUACACAAUUGUUACAUGGAUUAUAAUGCUAUAGUGAUUGAAGACCCAUUUCAAGUUCAGGUUGCUAAUGGGUUUUUCCUUGAAGAUGGUAACAUUGUGCUAAAGUCUAUUAAAGGUAAAAUCUCAGGGCUAAACAUAAUUAAUAACAUGCUUAGUGGGGAACCAAAAAAUAUGGUGCCAAUCGUCAAGCUAGACGGGCAAUUCACGAGCGUUGAUCAAGUGGUGAUCGAUCACAACAAUGUAGAUGGAAUGAGCCUUAAAUCAACAGUUGGGAAAUUGGCGGUGUCAGGAAAUGGGAAGAAGUGGGUGAUCGAUUUUUCAUCUGUGUCAGUGUUUCCUAAUAAGAUUAAUCAUGUUCAUUACUCAUUCUACGCUCCAGGGGUUAAUGUUGUAGGGUUUCCAUUACAUGCAAUGACCAAUGUUUCGAGUAAUGUUGUGGUGGUGGAGAGUGACAUGGCAGUGACUGGGGUGGUUUCUAUGGUGGUUGAUCAAAAUAAUAUGGUUGGAGAGAGAAAUUUUCUCAUGUAAUGCAUAUAGAAAAUGUACAAUUUCAUCAAAUUUCAUAGUGAAAGUUAAAAGAAAAUGUACAAUUCCAUCAAAUUUCAUAGUGAAAGUAAAUGUUUUAAGAAGAGGAAGCAAAUGCUUUCAAGAUUAUACAAAAUAGAAUACACUUGAGUGUUGUCAUACUCAUACACUAUAGAAAUAAUAUUUAAAUAGUAUAGAAGAAGAAUAGAGAGUUUCUUGGAGAUAUUUUAUUUUAUUAUUUUUUUAAAAAGUGUACCCAAACCAAACCAAGCCUUAAGUCCCAUCAAAUGG